CUCCGGCCGCACGUGGAGUCGCGCGCCUGCUGCCCAGGGCGGUCUCGGGGCCGGGCCCGCUUCCGGGUGAAACGAGGCUUCGCGCGGGUCUGGAGGAAUUCCAGGAAGGAAAGGACCAUGGGGCGCAAGUUGGACCCUACGAAGAAGGAGAAACGGGGGCCAGGCCGAAAGGCCCGGAAACAGAAGGGUGCUGAGACCGAACUCGCCAAAUUCUUGCCUGCAGCUGGUGAGGACAAUUCCAAGAGGCUGUCCAGUCGUGCUCGAAAGAGGGCAGCCAAGAGGAAAUUAGGCUCUGCUGAUGCCCCUGAGAUGAGUAAGUCUCCUGGGGCCAAACCGCUGCCUGGAAAGCUACCAAAAGGAGCUGUCCAGACACCCGGUAAGAAGAGAGCCCUGUCCUUAUUUACCACUACUCAAAGCAAGAAGCGCCUGGCACCAGGCCAUAGCAGUGAUGAGGAGGGAGACUCUGGAGAGGACAGUGUGUUGAACCAGGGGGACCUCUGGGGCUCUGAAGACAGUGAUGCUGACAUGGUAGAUGACUAUGGAGCUGACUCCAACUCCGAGGAUGAAGAUGAGGAGGAUGGUGAGGAGUUGCUGCCCAUUGAAAGGGCUGCUCGGAAGCAGAAGGCUCAGGAAGCUGCUGCUGGGGGCCAGUGGAGCGAGGAGGAGACUGAUGAAGAGGAGGAAGAGGAGACGGUGUCCCCUGAGUCAGGCCCCAGAGAGGAUGAAGAGGCUGAUGGCUUGCAGAUCAAUGUGGAUGAGGAGGAGCCUUUUGUGCUGCCCCCUACUGGGGAGAUGGAGCAAGAUGCCCAGGCUCCAGACUUGCAGCGGGUUCACAAGCGCAUCCAAGAUAUAGUGGGAGUGCUGCGUGACUUCGGGACACAGCGGGAGGAAGGUCGGUCUCGAUCUGAGUAUCUGCAGCGGCUUCGGAAGGAUCUGGCCACUUACUACUCCUACGGAGACUUCCUCCUUGGCAAGCUUAUGGACCUCUUCCCUCUAUCCGAGCUGGUGGAGUUCUUGGAAGCCAAUGAGGUGCCUCGGCCUAUCACCCUCAGGACCAAUACCUUGAAGACCCGACGCCGGGACCUGGCUCAGGCUCUAAUCAAUCGUGGGGUUAACCUGGAUCCCCUGGGCAAGUGGUCAAAGACUGGACUUGUGGUCUAUGAUUCUUCAGUGCCCAUUGGUGCUACUCCUGAGUACCUGGCUGGGCACUACAUGCUGCAGGGAGCCUCCAGCAUGUUGCCUGUCAUGGCCUUGGCACCCCAGGAACAUGAGCGGAUCCUGGACAUGUGCUGUGCGCCUGGAGGAAAGACCAGCUACAUAGCCCAGCUGAUGAAGAACACAGGUGUGAUCCUUGCCAACGAUGCCAAUGCUGAGCGGCUUAAGAGUGUCGUGGGCAACCUGCACCGGCUGGGAGUCACCAACACCAUCAUCAGCCACUACGAUGGGCGCCAGUUCCCCAAGGUGGUAGGGGGCUUCGACCGAGUCCUGCUGGAUGCUCCCUGCAGUGGCACUGGGGUUAUCUCCAAGGACCCGGCUGUGAAAACUAACAAGGAUGAGAAGGACAUCCUGCGCUGUGCUCACCUGCAGAAGGAGCUGCUUCUGAGUGCUAUCGACUCCGUCAGCGCCACCUCCAGGACGGGAGGCUACCUGGUCUACUGCACCUGCUCCGUCAUGGUGGAAGAGAAUGAGUGGGUGGUAGACUAUGCCCUGAAAAAGAGGAAUGUGCGGCUGGUGCCCACUGGCCUAGACUUUGGCCAGGAGGGCUUCACCCGGUUCCGGGAAAGGCGCUUCCACCCUACUCUGCGCUCUACCCGCCGCUUCUACCCCCACACCCACAACAUGGAUGGUUUUUUUAUUGCCAAGUUCAAGAAAUUCUCCAAUUCUAUCCCCCAGCCCCAAACAGGAAAUUCUGCAACAUCUACUCUUGCAAACAUAGACUUGUCCAACCCAAAAGGGCAGGUGACCCCCAAGUCUGAGAGCAGCAGUCAGUCUGCCAAGAAGGCCAGAGUGGCUGUGGAAGCAAAGCAGCGGCCACAGAAACGGCAACAUCCCAAGAAGGCUUCCUUCCGGAAGCAGAAUGGCAUCUCCAAAGGGACAGACUCAGAAUUGUCCACCGUGUCUUCUGUCACAAAAGCCCAGCCUUCCUCCAAGAGCCAGGACAGCAGUCAGCUGGCUGAAAAAGCUGCAGUGGCUGGGAAACUAAAGCAACAGUCUCCCAAACUGCCGUCCUCCAAGAAAGUUGCCUUCCGGAAGCAGCACGCUCCCCGCAAGGGCCCAGACACAGAAACGCCUGCAGUGCAGCCCCUCUCUAAGGCCCAGGCUGCUCUCAAGCCUGAGGACGGUGACCGGCCCUGUGGGAACACUGCAGGGGCUGAGAAGGUAAAGCAGUUGCCGGAGCAGCCUGUCAAGAAGGCUGCCUUCCAGAAACAGAAUGGCACCCCCAAGGAACCUAAGACUCCCACCCUGUCCCCUUGCAGUUCCAGCUGGCGCCCACCCGCAAAGAGGAGAAAAUCUUAGUCCAGAGGCAGCGGCCAGCCACUGCUGUCUUCGGUGAAUGGUUGAACUAGACUGGGGUGGCUUAUUGUCGUUUUUACUGGGUCAGAACUCUUACCUCUGUGAGGAUGGCUUCCCCACUGUGGAUAUGAAAUUUAAUACAAAUUUUAUGAUCUCUG